GUUAUUUCAGGUUGGAAUUUGGUCUUUCCGGUGUUUGAUUAAAUUAUUUUCUCCCGUUCUGGCUUUCAGUUCCGAUCGCGAUCUGAGACGCUUCAGUUUGCGAAAGACGGAGGGUUGGUAGUUUCACGGGAAAAUGGGGGUUAUGUCCAGGCGGGUUGUGCCCGUCUGUGGUAACCUCUGUUGCAUUUGUCCUUCUUUGAGGGCAAGUUCAAGACAGCCAGUGAAGCGUUACAAGAAAUUGCUUACUGAUAUCUUCCCGCGUAAUCAGGAUGCUGGGCCUAAUGAGAGGAAAAUUGGAAAGCUAUGUGAAUAUGCCUCCAAAAAUCCACUGAGAAUUCCAAAGAUCACUGAAAACCUGGAACAAAGAUGUUACAAGGACCUGCGUAAUGAAAAUUUUGGGUCAGUGAAAGUUGUCUUGUGGAUAUACAGGAAAUUGUUAUCGUCAUGCAAGGAGCAGAUGCCCUUAUUUGCUAGUAGUUUUUUAGGGAUCAUUCGAACACUUUUAGAACAAACUCGAGCUGAUGAAAUGAGGACUUUAGGUUGCCAAGCACUUGUAGACUUUAUAAAUUGCCAGACAGACAGUACAUACAUGUUCAAUUUGGAGGGUCUCAUCCCUAAACUAUGCCAAUUGGCUCAAGAAGUCGGAGAAGAUGAACGAGUUUUGCGUCUACGUUCUGCUGGACUUCAAGCUCUAUCCUAUAUGGUGCAAUUCAUGGGAGAGUACUCACAUCUUUCCAUGGAUUUUGACAAAAUUAUAUCUGUGACAUUGGAGAAUUACAUGCAUCUCCAAAUGAAAGUCAACCAUCCCGAGGUGGAGAGGCUUACUGGAACUGGGAUGGACUUCAUGUUGGAUACUGCCAAGGAUCCUGCUUAUUGGUCAAAGGUUUGCUUAUGUAAUAUGGCAAAAUUGGCUAAGGAAGCUACAACUGUGAGGCGUGUUCUUGAACCACUUUUUCAUAAUUUUGAUACUGAAAAUCAAUGGUCUCCGGAAAAAGGAGCUGCUUGUUCUGUUUUAAUGUAUCUGCAAUCCCUUUUGGCAGAAUCAGGAGAUAACUCCCAUCUUUUGCUGUCCAUUUUAAUCAAGCACUUGGAUCAUAGGAAUAUUGCAAAGCAACCUCUUCUGCAGAUUAAUAUUGUUAAGAUAGCCUCACAACUUGCAGAACAUGUUGAGCAGCAGGCCUCAGUUGCAAUUGUCGGUGCGAUAUCUGACCUCAUUAAACAGUUGAGGAAGUGCUUGCAAACUUUAGCUGAAGCUUCUGUUGCUGGAAGUGAUGAACAUAAAUUGAACAUUGAACUUCAGUCUGCUUUAGAAUCGUGUAUAUUACAACUUUCAAGCAAGGUUGGGGAUGCAGGCCCCAUUCUUGAUAUGAUGGCAGUGGUGCUAGAGAAUAUCUCAAAUAGUACUAUUGUAGCACGAACAACAAUCUCUGCUAUUUAUCAAACUGCAAAAUUAAUCUCUUCUAUCCCUAACAUAUCAUAUCACAAGAAGGCUUUCCCAGAUGCUUUAUUUCAUCAGUUGCUUAUGGCAAUGGCCCAUCCAGACCAUGACACACGAAUAGGGGCACAUAGUGUCUUCUCUAUGGUGCUUAUGCCAUCCCUUUUUUCUCCAUGUUUAGACCAGAAAACAAAGAUGAUUCAGAAGGUAGAGAGUGAAAGCUUUGCCAUUCAUGAUCAAAAUUCUGUCAGUGUGAAGAGGGAACCAUCAGAGGGAAAGACAAAAGCAGGUGUCAAUGGGAAAUAUGUUCCUAAUCUAUUUUGUGUUCACAGCUUCACGCGUGCUCUCACCGAUGGAAAGGAUGAGCUGAGUUCUCUUCGAUUGAGUAGUCACCAAGUGAGUCUUCUGCUCUCUUCAAUCUGGGUACAGGCAACUUCUGCAGAAAAUGGCCCUGAGAAUUUUGAGGCAAUGGCUCACACUUAUAGCAUUGCUUUGUUGUUUACUCGUUCUAAGACAUCCAGUCACAUGGCUUUAGUAAGAUGUUUCCAACUGGCAUUCUCCCUGAGGAGUAUCUCUUUGGAUCAAGAUGGCUUACAACCAUCACGCAGGAGGUCUCUUUUUACUUUGGCGUCGUACAUGCUUAUAUUUUCUGCCAGGGCAGGCGAUUUCCCUGAUCUGAUUCCAGUUGUUAAGGCAUCCAUGACUGACAACACUGUAGAUCCUUUUCUUGAGUUGGUCGAUGACAUCCAACAACAGGCUGUUUGUAUAGAAUCAGAGAAGAUAUCUUAUGGAUCUCAGGAAGAUGAAUUCAAUGCUAUGAGGUCGCUUUCAGCUGUAGAAUCAGAUGACAGGCAGUUAAAAGAGACUGUAAUAUCAUACUUCAUGACUAAAUUUGCAAAAUUGUCAGAGGAUGAGUUGUCCGGCAUAAAGAAGCAAAUUCUACAGGGCUUUUCACCCGAUGAUGCAUAUCCAUCAGGACCUCCUUUGUUUAUGGAGACACCACGCCCAUGUUCUCCGCUAGCUCAAAUUGAGUUCUCAGACUUAGAAGAGAUCAUGGCUCCAGUGGUUUUGAUGGAUGAAGAGAUGGAGCCCGAACCAAGCAGAAGCCAGUCAGAUCGCAAAACAUCACUUUCUUUCAAUAACCCUGACGUUCUAAGUGUUAAUCAACUCUUAGAAUCGGUUCUGGAGACUGCCCGUCAAGUUGCUAGUUUCCCCAUGUCAUCAGCUAUUGUGCCUUAUGACCAAAUGAAGAACCAGUGCGAGGCGCUUGUGACAGGGAAACAGCAGAAGAUGUCAAUUCUUCACAGUUUCAAGCACCAAGAAGCUAAGGCAAUGGUUCCUUCAAGUGAAAAUGAAACACAAUUUCCCUCCUUACCAACUAAGACUCUGGAAUGUUCAAAAGGAGAUAUGGCAUUGGCCACUCUGGAGCAAAGUCAAGCGCGAGAUAAGGUUCGCCUGUUUGCACGGUAUGACCCUGGACAGCAGCAUACUUUGAGACUACCGCCGUCAAGCCCCUAUGACAAGUUCCUGAAAGCCGCCGGAUGCUAAUAAGUUUUAUUUAUCAUAUAGGUGCAUGUAACUAUUUAGAUCGCUUAUUCUGUCAUUUGUUCCGUCUCCCAAGCAGUUAGUAAUUUUUUCAUUCUUUCCUGUAAGUGUUCAACUGUUCAUCAUAAUUCUUUCUUUGGACGUUUUCUUACCAUUCGUGCCCACCAGUGCAUAUGCUAGUCUUUUUUCUUUUUCCGUUGUGGGGAAUGGGGACAAGAUUUUUCUCCCCAGCAAGUGCAUGAUUUUAGUGACAAUUAUCUAUACAACUGGUAACGAUCUAUACAUCUAAAAUUAAUUUUUCUCUUGCG